AUAUAUAUAUAUAAAAUUUUCCAUUAGUAAUAAGUAAAUGUUUUAAGAAAAACGAUGACAAUGAAACUACCGCCAGCCUCGGAUCAUGUAUAUUUCAAUGACGGCUUCAAGUGUUCUUCAAUAAGUAUUACAACGAAUUUGAACGAAUUGAACGGUGAUAAUGGCGCUAUUAGCAGCAAUGAUUCUCAAGGAUCUAAUGAAUUUAUAUUAACCGGAGAUGGUCGGAAGAUUAUCCCAAACAUCAAAGCGUUGGAUUACGCGAAGCUAUGGCUACAGGAUAGAAAAAGAAGAACUUUUAAACGAAAAGUUCUACAGAAGCGUUUACCAAUUACGCAAUGGUUUCCCAAAUACAAUAUUGAUAAUGCGGUUGGCGAUUUAGUGGCAGGUAUAACAGUUGGUUUAACUGUUAUACCCCAAGCCUUAGCUUAUGCCGGAAUCGCAGGAUUACCAGCAGCGCACGGUCUUUACGGCUCAUUUUUAGGUUGUUUCGUUUACAUAUUCCUAGGUAGUUGCAAAGAUGUUCCUUUUGGGCCGUCUGCCAUAGUAGCUCUAUUAACGUAUCAAGCUGCUCAGGGAUCAUGGCAAAAAUCGGUGCUCUUAUGUUUAUUGUGUGGAAUCGUUGAAUUGGCUAUGGGGAUAUUUGGUUUGGGUUUUCUCAUAGACUUCGUUUCGGGUCCUGUCUCAUCUGGAUUUACAUCGGCUGUGUCUCUAAUUAUUUUAACAUCACAAAUAAAAAACAUUUUGGGUAUAACGGCGAGAGGUGCAACGUUUGUGGAAAUAUGGACCCAAAUUUUCAAUAAUAUUGGCGAAGCCAGAUCGGCCGAUACAAUUUUAGGCCUAACAUGCAUUGUAAUAUUAUUAAUUAUGCGGCAUUUCACAUCUUUUAGAAUCGGUCCCGAAGAGCCCCUCUUACGUUCACGUACACAAAACGUUAUUAAUAAAAUAAUUUGGGUUGUGGGCACUUCCCGCAAUGCUAUUUUAGUUAUCGGCUGCUGCAUUAUGGGUAUGAUCUUGCGAGAUGAUGAAGGCACGCCGUUCAAAGUAAUCGGAUACAUACCGCAAGGACUACCCAGUUUCGCAUUACCCCCGAUACAUAUAAAUGGUAACGACACGUUUACAGGCAAAGAAGAGACAUUUGUUGAAAUAGUGAAAAGCAUGGGCUCGGGUUUAAUUGUUAUACCAUUGAUUUCUUUAAUGGAAAAUAUCGCCAUAUGUAAAGUUUUUGGUAACGGUAAACCGGUGGAUGCUUCGCAAGAACUCAUAGCAAUCGGUACUGCAAACAUAGCCAAUGCUUUCGUUCAGGGUUUCCCAGGUACAGGAGCCUUAAGUCGUGGCGCUGUCAAUCAUGCCAGUGGUGUUCGAACU